AUGGGGGACGAAUCUGUCACUGUUGCGGUGCGCGUCCGCCCGAUGAACAAGCGAGAAAUUGCGCUCGGAACAUCAUGUUGUAUAGAUAUGCAAUCGAAUCAGACAAUUUUGAAGCAGAUCGAUGGUCAUGUCGCGCAUAAAAAUGAUAAGGUCUUCGCAUUUGACUACUCCUUCUGGUCGAUGGAUCCUAAGCAAGCCCGAUUCGCGGAUCAGCAAGUUGUCUUCGACAAUGUAGGUCAACGCGUCCUGAAAAAUGCAAUGACUGGCUUCAAUGCCUGCGUGUUCGCAUAUGGACAAACUGGGUCAGGCAAAUCAUACUCAAUGAUGGGCUGUCCUGGGCAGGAGGGAAUCAUUCCAAGGAUAUCGGCUGAAAUGUUCAAAUAUGUGGAAGAGAAAACUUCGGAAAGUAUGAGCUUUCGUCUUGAGGUUAGUUACCUCGAGAUUUACAACGAGAAGGUGCGAGAUUUACUGAAUCCUGGGAAUAAGAAGCCUCUGAAAGUCCGUGAGCAUGCUUCAACGGGACCCUAUGUUGACGGGCUUGUAAAAACCGUCGUGCAAGAUGCCUCCAAAAUCGCUGAAUUGAUAGAAGAAGGUGGCAAAUCAAGAACUAUCGCAGCGACUAACAUGAACUCGGAGUCCUCGCGUUCCCACUCUGUCUUCACUGUAAACAUCACUCAAGAAGAAAAGGUCGGCGAGCUAGUGGGAGAGAAAUGCUCUCGUUUGAGUCUUGUCGAUUUGGCCGGGUCUGAAAGAGCUUCGAAAACUGGCGCAGCGGGCGAUCGGCUAAAAGAGGGCUCCAAUAUCAAUAAGUCGCUGAGUACGCUCGGGCUUGUGAUAUCAGCUCUGGCAAGUGGAAAAAGCAAGUUUGUCCCGUAUCGUGAUAGUGUCCUCACCUGGCUGCUCAAAGACUGCCUCGGAGGAAAUUCGAAAACUGUGAUGGUUGCGACAAUUUCACCGGCCGCGGAUAAUUAUGAAGAGACUCUUUCUACCCUGAGAUACGCCGACAGAGCAAAAAAGAUUGUCAACAAAGCGGUCAUCAACGAGGAUCCAAAUACGAAGAUAAUAAGAGAGCUCCGCGAAGAAGUAGCAAGACUCAAAGCGCUCAUUGGAGGCGGCGGCGGACUAUCUCCAGCUACUGAGAUUUCGCCCACAAGCACGAGCAGCAAAGUAGAGAGGAAAGAGCAGCUCGCAGAGUCAGAGAAGCUCCUCUCAGAAUUUGAAAAGCCAUGGGAUGAGCGCGGAAUCAAAAUGUCUGGCAAGCAAGCGUUUCUUGUCAAUCUUCAUCCUGACCAGGCAAUGACCGAAAUGUUGGUCUACAAUCUUCCUGAAAGCGGUGAAGCUGUGAUUGGAUCAUCUGCCGAUUGCUACAUCAGACUUCAAAGCUUCGGAAUAGAGGAGCGUCACGCUAUUAUCACAAUCGAAGGCGAGCAGAUAUCCAUGACGCCACAAGAUGGAGCAAUGUGCUGCAUUAACGGGAUGAAAACAAGCGAAAAAACGCCGCUGAGAACUGGCGACCGACUCCUCUGGGGUUCGAAUCACUAUUUUAAACUGACAGUUCCGUGGGAAAAGGUUCAAGUGCAGACUCCAGCAAACGAGUCGGUGUGUGACUUUGAGGCCGCCCAGAGAGAAGUGAUGAUGAACCAACUUCCUGACAGUGCGAGAGAGACAAUCAAGCAGCUCGAGAAUCAGAUUCUAGAUGACGAUGGUGCUACAACUGUCAUUACAGAAAAUUCGACAGAUCAAUACAAUUUUGACUCUGUCACCGAGUAUCACUACAAGAGACGAGGUAUCAACGACAAAGAAAGAAGCCACUACGAGGACGUGAUCGGGAAACUUCAGAGCGAACUAAGUGUUGCGAAAAAGGAGUCCCCAGCAAAACGUGAACGGCGAAUGCGUCGACAAAGGCUAAAAGAAGGCGUGCGUCUACUCAAAGGAGAUCUUUCAAGGGCGCAGCAUAUGGUGAUGGAGGCGAAUAGUCUGUGCACCCGGUUGGACAAAUCUGUCAAGUUUUCUGUAACCCUGCGAAUACCUCCUUCGCGACUCGGACCAAGUACCGAUAAUGAGCCGAAACUACUGUGUCAGGCUGCCAUCAAACUUCAGCGCCCUGGCCGUGAGGAUACUAUUUGGACGGUGGAAAAGCUUGAAGAUCGUCUCAAUGAAAUGCGUGCUGAGAUCCUGUCCCUUUCCUCUGAAGAGGAUAUAUCUGAUAUGUCUUCCGAUGUCUCCCUUGCUCGAUCUCCGAUGAGCCCAGACGCUCCAUCUCGAGCUGAUCUUUUUGCUGAUGAUCAGCAACAAAGUCUAGUCGGCGUUGCUUCCUUCUACCUGGAAUCACUAUUUUAUGAUUUGAAUCAACCCUUUGAGUACACGUCACCAAUUGUCUCACCCAAUGGUACUUCGGCUGGAAAGCUUUCUGUGAGGAUAGAAAGGAUAGCUGGAAGAAUACUAGUCCCAGAAGACGAAGAAGAUUAUCUUGCGUCAACUCCUAGUAGUGACAGUAACGAAAUAACCGUCGUUGUUGAAGUACUUGAAGCAACGAAAUUGAGCCCGACUUUGGCCCAUUUCGUCGAAUGCCAGUACACUUUUCCCGGAACAAACAAACGCGUCUCCGUGCAUCCUAUUAUUGAUGAGACGAUGUCACCGAGAACGGAUCGUGAUCGUCUUGACGUGCGUUAUCGAAAUACGCAAGAGUUCACAAUCAAUCUUGAGCCGCACAUCCUCGGCGAGUUUGAGCGUGGCGCGUUGAAUAUCGAAGUACUGGGGCACCAAGAUCGAUACAGAGCUCGAGAAAAGAGGGAAGAGGCUGGAAUUGAUUGGGGCGCAGUUGAGGAAGAAGGAAGAAGUCUUGCGGAACGUUGGUCUGAUGUUUCGAGGAGAGUGAAGCUGGAUGUAGAAAUUCAAGAACUCGAUGACGGAAACUACCAGCCAGUAGAAGUUGAAAAGCUUGAUACUAGUUGUGGAGGUGUCUUUCAGCUGCGAGCAGGAAUGAGUCGCCGGCUUUUGAUAUCCACAACGCCGCAGGUUGAAAAGGGACAACUCCCACUUGUUCUGGGUGAGAUACACGCUGCGCAAAUAGGCUCGAUCCUCAUUGACGGAGACAAUUUCUCUGAAAUCAAGACACCUGAUUCGUAUCAAGAGCAUGAUUUGGCGAAUUUGCGGGAAAAAUGGAGUUCGGCGCUGGAUGAGCGGAAAGCGUUGCUUGACGCCGAGUUGCAAAAAGAGCAGACGGAUGUUGAUCGUGAAAGUGCGUUAUUUCAGCAGGUUGCUAUUUUAGCCGAAGAGCGUAAUAGCGUGCUCGUUCCUCAAGCGCAAUCUGGCAUGCCUGGUGCUCCGGAACCGGAUGAUGGUCCUGUUGCUCCCGGAACUGAGGUCCAUGUUCCCGUGCUCUAUCUCGGCCUUGACCAAGAUAUGCCCGAAGAUUAUGCGCCAGGGGCGAACUCACUUCUUCCCGGUGAAAACGAAGAGAAAAUGUUCAACCUUUCUAUGAUCAAAAACUGCUGGGGAGAACAGGGAGGAACGCAUGCAGUCUUUGCCUGGGAUAGCUCGGUACACGAUCAUCAAAAUUUGAACAAGCCCGAUGGGCACGCUCAAGUGUAUCUUGUCGUUUCGGUGCGUCUCCGUAUCAAUUUACCUGUCGAGCGCGAUAUUGUUCUUCGAAAGCGUAUUCAAGUCGCAAUUCAACCACAACGUCGUGGACUGAUGCAAAGUCUCAAGAAAAAUCUACGACUAAGUCAAAAAUCCAUACAAACAUCCACUAUUCCAUCUUACUUACUAUCGAAUAGUAACAAAAAUAGACUUGAGCAUUUGUUACGCUCAAACAUCAGAUACACGAAAAACUCGGUCGUGUAUGAAAUCAUCUCCACUCUUCCCCUUCCAGCUGAAAAUCAUACGCUCGAUGCUGGCGCUGAUGAUUUAGCCUCACUAGCAGCUGCUUCCGCUCGUGAGCGAACAGAAUCAACAAGUGAAGAAAUGUGGGAUCCAAAUACCGCUUUUGAUCGUUAUGUCAAGAGCUUACAAUCCGUUGAAAGAAUGCUCGAUAUAGAACGAAUCAAGCAACAGGCAGCGCUUCAUAGACUUCUUGAUGAGCUGGGAAUCCCACGAUUAUUCUCAAGAAAACGCAAUAUCGGUGACAGCAUGAUGUCUCCAUCGGUCGAAAGUCGGCCAAUGCUUGGGCUCGGGCAGAUUCGCACGUCGCAAACCAUGCCUUCCAUCAAUAAUUUCAGGGGUCAACUAGUCGACAUCACAACCACUCUUCCAACACCAUCGUCUGAAGUCCAUGAAGUCAUUGACGAGCCGACGAAAGAGGAGAUCGAUCUCCACUCUGAACUACACGCGAUUCCCCGAUUGUAUUCCAAUUUUUCCGACGGAUCGAAUCAUUCCGCGAUGGUUUCUCCCGCCGUCAGUGAUCUUUCCGGAGGCGAGAGCGACAGCGAUGAUGACUCGGACGAUGAUAGCGAUUCCGAUGACGACUCGGAUAGUGACUCUGACUCUGAUACCGAUUCUGAGACUUGUUCUGAUUCGGAUUCAGACUCCGACGGAGGAGAAGACCAAAAAGAAUCUAUGGCUGAGGGCAAGGCCAUCUCCCCGGUUGGAAACUCACAGCUUACGGAUUUGAGUAAUCUCCACGGCAGUGCUAAAUAA